AUGGGUAGGGAUGGCAGGAGGCCAUCAUGUUCUCUUGGCAACAUCAUUGCAGUUGGUGCUGACUUGGUACUCUGUGAAGGCAGGUAGGGCUGAGUGAGAGGCCAGCUCCUUGGAAGUCCUGGCAUCUGUGGGAACAGCAAAGAACUCUCUGUCCCUUCCUCCAGGAGCCUCUGCCUGAGCUGUGGCAACAAUCCUGGGGGCUUCUGUAUGGCCCCUGUCUCUGGGAUGGACAGUACUUGCUCAGUGCUGUUGCUGGCCAGCAACUUUAGACAACUGGACCUCCCCAGGCCUGAGGCCUGUUUUGAGAAGGAAGCUCCACAGUUUUUAGCGCAACAUUAA